UGUUGUGGUUAAAGACAAUCAGUUGCAAAAAGACAAAACAUCAAUUUAUAUCAAUUAGAGCCUAAAAAGGAAGAACAAAAAAUAGGGUAGACGUGAUAAAAGUAGGUGAAGGUCUCCUAAUGGUCAGGAAUCGAUAUUUCAAUGUCUUGUGGCACAAGUUUCCUUUUUUUUGCCGAAAAAGGAGUGGAGAAAUGAGUGCAUUUGUGAAGUGGAUGUUAGUAAUUUUGACCAAAUGGUGCAUCCCAUUAAAAAUAAGACAUUUAUCUCAUGAGAUGUGCACACCAACGACGUCAUAAAAGAGUAUAGAGGCGACAGUAUAUUAGUAAAAAUAAUGCCAAGUGCAACUAAAUAUUGCAUUCAAUAGACAUAGUAUAUUGGUGCGUUCACUGAAGGUCACAUUACACUGCCAAUAACCAUUUAUUUUCUAACCAUUUUCCCGAGGCAGAACUUGGUCGAAGUAAUAUUAGAAUGAAUUUUCCGCCUAAAGUUAAAUAACAGUGUACCAAGUUGUGUGGAUCAUCAAAUGCAUAAAAUGCAGCCGAAUGACUUGAAAAUGUUUACUAUAUUCCUCAGUUGAUGGUGCGAUUUGUAGGUGUCCAAGUGACACGCAUUUUCCCUCCAAUAAUUUUUUUUCUAAUUUCUUUAUACUUUCUUGACAAUUUUUUUUUUGGAAGUAAUAAUUUAUCAAUUCCCUGCCAAAAAAAUGGAUUUUGAUACGGAAGACAGUGGUGAAAAUGAAAAUGUGGCUUUUAUUGAAAAAGUUCUUCAAUCGUGUGAAAAUGAUUUAUCAAUUAAAAUUGAUAGUGUUGAAUGUGAACCCGGGAGUCGACAGGGUGAUAAUUACAUGUCAUUAAUUAAACGUGCUGCUGUCCAAGGAAAACGACGUGAUUUAGAUUACCAACGAAAGCUCAUCGUAAAGCGCCAAAUAUCGAGUAUAUCUCGACGUCAGCUUUUCCGGUGUGACGAGGCUUUUGCGAAUGAAAUUGCCGCUUACACAAAAGUACUUCCCCAUCUCCGGCGUUUCUCCAGCAAUCGCCUGCCCUACCCAAAGUGUCUGUUUGCCGGAAUUGACGAUGCCGAGAAGGAGGUGAUUAUUCUUGAGGAUCUCCGGGAGAGUGGAUUUGAGAUGGAGGACAGACUCAAGGGAUUGGACUAUUCACACUGUUCACUCGUUAUGCAAGAAUUGGGCAAUCUCCAUGCAAUAUCUCUGGCUAUGAAGGUCAAAGAACCCGAAACAUUUGACACAGUAAGACAAAGUAUAUCGGAAAUUGUUUACUGUCCAGAAGCCAGAGAAUUUAUCUCAAACACCUUGGAAUGUUCCCUUCGGGACACCCUGACAAGUCUGAAAGCAACAAAUUCCGAUGGUCAUCUAACAGAUGCAAUUGGGAAAAUUGAGAGGAUGCAGGGAUGUAUGUAUGACAUAAUGUCGCGUCAUGUGCUGGAGAAUGAGGAAUCGUGGAAGGUGAUCUGCCAUGGUGAUAUAUGGAUUAAUAAUCUAAUGUUUCGUCAGAGAUCAACAGGAUGUGCUGAGCAUGUGAAAUUGGUGGAUUUGCAGACAAUGCGAUGUACAUCACCUGUGAUUGAUAUCCUUCACUUUAUCUACACCAGCACCGUGAGAGCUUUCCGUCAAACUCAUCUCGAUCAAUUAAUCACAGACUAUCAGAAAUCCCUCAUAAAAUCCCUCCAUAUCUAUCUCUCAUCCCAAAGUGCCCAGGAAGAUGCAUUCAAUCGCUUAGAGAUGCAAUUCUCCCUGGACAGCAUCAAGCGUGAACUCCAACGAAAGAUGCUCUAUGGCCUGGGAAAUUCAAUGUGGCUAAUGCCAGCUGUUACAUUUCAUCCCAAUCGCAUUCCCGAUCUCAAUUCUGUCACAAUCACAGAUUUUGGCAAUAGCACACAAAUGACACAAAUGCUAACACCUGAAUACCAUCGAAGGAUUCGGGAGAUGGUCCUCGAAUUCUACGAGGAGGGACUUUUGCACAAUUUAUGAUACACACAAUGCAUCAUUGUUAUCUCAGCUGUGAUUCUUAGCCCUCGAGUGGACUUUACUGUAAAAUGCUUCGCAUUCCUGUGUCUUUGAUAAAUUGGCCGAAUGAUGGUUUGUGUCUUGACUUUAAUAGCAUUUUUUCUCUCAUUCGGCUUAAAUUAGUAUUAGUAUGGGCUCUCUUUCAGUGAGAAAAAAAACGGGGGUGCGAUUAACUUUUUUUCCUCGUAACUUUAACACUUUUUAGGUGUAAAAAUAUAUCAACAUUCUUUAGUGUUAAUUUUACACCUUUUUAAGAUUAAAAUUAACAUGAAAAAGUGUAACUUUAACCCCUAAUACACCUAAAAAGCAUAAUAUUUACACCGAUUUCGGAUCAAUACUGCAGGGUAAAAUAAACAUUUCCGGAAUGUUAUUUUAACUUUUUCGGAUUUCUCUCAGUGCUGCUUUUUUAGUACAUGACUGUUCUCAAGUGCUUCUGUAUUAUCGACUUUUCUUUGUGUUGAUUCCUUUUAAGACUGUUUGGUGAUUUUAGAACACAGUGAGAACUCAUGAGAACAGCCGAGAAAGGAAGCAACGCAAAAAAAAAAACGAUAAUCUAGGAGCACUUGAGAACAGUCAAGUACUAAAAAAAAUGUUCAGGAGAAUGAUUUCCCCUUUUCAUGUAUUCAUUGGAAUAAGCUUCAUUCCCAUGGGGCCCGCUUUUCCCAGUCCUCGUCCUAUUCCAAAACCACUACACAGUCGUGAUAGAAAACAAUACAAAGAAUAUACGCUAAUGCAGGAGCACUUGAAAACAGUCGUGUAGUAAAAAAAAUAUUCAAAAGAAUGUUUUCCCUUUCUCAUUUAAUAUUGGAAUUGUACCUAUAUGGUGUUAUUCCAAUGAAAAAUGAGCUGGGAACAUCUUUCUCUUGAACAUCUUUUUUUUAGUACAUGACUGUUCUCAUGUGUUUCUGUAUUAUCGACUUUCCUUUGUGAUGGUUUCUCUCUCGACUGUUUGCACCAGUCCUCGUCCUGUUCCAAAACCACGAAACAGUCGUGACAGGAACCAGAACAAUCGAAUGUCGAUAAUGCAGAAGCACUUGAGAACAGGCAAGUGUUAAAAAAAUAUUCAGGAGAAUGAUUUACUUUUCUCAUUUUUUUCCUUGGAAUAAACUUCAUUCCAAUCGUGCCCCAGUUACCCCAGUCCUCGUCCUGUUCCAAAACCACAAAACAGUCGUGACAGGAACCAGAACAAACGAAUGUUGAUAAUGCAGAAGCACUUAAGAACAGUCAAGCGUUAAAAAAUGUUCAGGAGAAUAAUUUCCCUCAAAAUUAUCCCUCAAGUCAAAAAAAGGAAGAUGACUCUAAGCUAAGACACAAACCACUAAUAGGCUAAAUACGUUUUCAGAAAAACAAGACACAAACCUUCGUUCGGCUGGCGACGCUGGCGUUGAGGAGUCUGAACUCACAGUCAUUUAUAGAUUUUCCUUUGCAUGAGAAUAGUAUUUUUCCUAAAAGAGACGCUGGCGACUGUUCUCAACUUAGAGUUCUCAAAUUUCUAGUUGUAAAGUUCAACUAAAUUUCACAAAAGAUUCACGAAAACUUUCCCAAGCUAAAAGGGCAUUAACAGACUAAUAUUCAUAUUUUCUAAAUACUUCAAGCAAUACCUUUUUACUUAUGUGACAGAUAAAAAAUAAUUAAAAUCGUCUUGUAAACCGUUCUUAGUCAUAUAGAAAAUUUCUGGUGACCUAAAGGGGAUUUGAACUCGGAACAUUUUAUAACACAGUAAUUUUUUCAUGUUUCGUUAUUUUUUGAUGCGUUUCAUGAACCGUUCAAACGUUUCAGAAAACGGAAGAUUGCGUCUUUACAAAUUUCCACGUUUCGCUAACGUCAAAAUAACCUUGUCCAGGAAGCGUUUUGACACAAUUAACGUACAAUUUUCAUUUGACAUUCGUUCGGUCUCAAACGAUUCUUGAUCAUCUCUGCUUUGUUUUGUUACCGAAUUUCUAUAUAGAAGUUAUCAUACUUUAAAAAAAACGUACUUAGUAAACUUAUCAUGUUUCUAGAAACGUUUCGUUAUUAUCUGACGCGUUUCUGAACUUCUUGUAUCCUUUUUAUAUUUUUCUAAACGAUUCCGCAUUUCAAAAAUCAUCUAUCCACGUUUCCAAGAGGAAAACUGUCCACGUUUCGUUAUUCUUUAAUGCGUUUCUGAGUUUCAAGAAACAUUUCCACAUUUAGAAAAAAAAAGAUCAGCGUGUUUAUAGAAGUUUCCAUAUUUCUAGAAACGUUACGUUAUUCUUUUAUGCGUUUCUGAGUUUCUAAAACUGUUUCCGGAACUUAUAAAAACGAUUCUCCGUUUCCAGAAUCGUGUUCAUGUUCCUAAGAAUAAAAGUUUCCAUGUUUCUUUAGUCUUUAAUGCGUUCUUUGAAAAUUUACUGCAUUUCUGUGUUUCUAGAACCGUUUUCGCAAUUAUGAGAUAAAAACGUUGUCAUUUCAAGGGUCAUAGUCCCCUUCAAAAUAAAUAUGUUUCGUGUUCUUUCGAAAUGUUUUUAUGUUUGUAGAAACGCUUACGUGAUACUUCGAUAUCCUUCUGCCUUUUAAAAAUAGUUUCAACGUUUCAAGUAUCUUUUUCGACGUUUUUGCGUUUCUAGAGCGAUUUCCGGGAUUCUGGGAUGCCAAAAUUCUAAAUAUAUCACGACUUCAAUUCUUUAGAUUUCAUCUCAUCUUUACUUUUAGAUAAAUCGCGGGUUCAAUUCUCGACAAUGACAGACUUUUUUCCUCAUCUUUUUGACCUGAGAUUCCAAAUUAUUUAAUCGAACGAACCUUUUUAACAAUCCCAUAUUCAAUUUUUUAUAUGUCGCGGGUUCGAAUCCCGGUAAUAUCAUUUUUUCUUCACUAUUUUGACCUCUAACUCGAGUUUUUUUCCUAUCCUUAUAACCUUCCUAGAAGUAGAAGGAUUGAAUAACCCUGCUUGCAUUAUAUUUAUUUUUUUAUAUCUCGUAGGUUCGAAUCCCAGGAACGUCAGAUUUUUUCUCAUUUUUUUACCUGUAACUCAAGUUUUUCUAAAUUCUACGAACUUCCUAACUGUCCCAGGAUUGAGCCAUCCCGUUUGCUUAUGUUUACUUUUUAAUGUCAUGGGUUCGAAUCCCAUUAAUGUCAGACCUUUUUCUUCAUUUUUUCACAUGAUUUAGCAAACUUUUUCAAUCUUACAACCGUCCUAAUUGUCCCAGGAUUGAGUCGUCCUGCUUUCCAUAUAUAUAUACUUUUAAUAUGUCGCGGGCUCGAAUCCCGGUAAUGUCAAAUUUUUUUCUCAUUUUUUAAUCUGUAACCCAAGUUUUUCACAAUCCUAGAACCUUCCCUCUAAUAUGUCGCGGGUUCAAAUCUCGGUAAUGUCGAUUUGUUUUUCUCAUUUUCUUUUUAAAUCUGUAACUCAAGUUUUUCACAAUCCGAGAACUUUCCUCCUAAUAUGUCGCGGGUUCGAGUCCCGGUAAUGUCAAUUUUUUUAUCUGUAACCGAAAGCUAUUUGAUUCCUAGAACGUUCCUAGAAAUCCCUAGCUUGAUUUAUAUUACAAUGAGGGGAAAAACACUAAAUAGGAGA